AUGGCCAAGCCAGGGGAUGAAGAAGAAAAAGCAGAAGAACCAAAAGAAGAAAAGAGUGUUUCUGUAAAGGAAGAACCCAAAGCUUCUGUUCACAGCUUCUUUGCUCCAAGGAAAACCACUGUCAAGACAGAAGAAAUCACAGAGGACAGCAAGUCCGAGGAGAAUAAAGAUAAAGCAGUGAAAGAAGAUAAGAAAGAAGAUGACAGUAAAAAGAAAGAGGACGUCAAGAGUGAAGAAAAAGAAAAAUCAGAGAAGAAAGAACAAUUAAUUAAAACAAAUCCAUUUGGCAGUAAGAAGAAGGAAGAGAAUUCCACCUAUGCCCCAAGUAAAUCUCACUACCACCCAAUUGAUGAUGCUUGCUGGAAACAUAAGGAAAAAGUUCCAUACCUUGCGCUGGCCAAGACUUUCGAAGCUAUUGAAGAGAUAUCUGCAAGGUUGAAGAUCAUUGAUAUUCUGUGUAAUUUUUUCCGCUCUGUGAUAGCCUUGAGUCCUGAUGAUCUGCUCUUCUGUGUGUACCUCUGUCUCAAUAAAUUAGCUCCUGCCUACGAGGGCAUGGAACUUGGCAUUGGAGAAACUGUCCUAAUGAAGGCCAUCGCUCAGACCACAGGUAGAAGUAUGGACAAGAUAAAAGCAGAUGCACAGGAAAAAGGUGAUCUUGGAAUUGUGGCAGAGUCUAGUCGAAGUAACCAGAGAACCAUGUUUGCCCCUCCCAAGCUGACCAUCAGAGCUGUGUUUACUAAGUUGAAGGAAAUAGCAGUCAUGUCUGGAAACAAUGUGAUGACCAAGAAGAUAAAUGUCAUCAAAGGUUUGUUUGUGGCUUGUCGUCAGUCAGAGGCUCGCUACCUCAUUCGGUCACUUGGAGGAAAGCUGAGGAUUGGUCUGGCUGAACAGAGUGUCCUCACAGCGCUAGGCAAUGCAGUUUUCCUCACACCACCCGGUCAAGAUUUCCCUCCAGAAAUACUCGAUGGUGGAAAAGGCCUUUCAUCCGAGAAUGUAAAAAAGAAGAUGGAAGAAUCUGCUCUAAUUAUAAAAUCUGUAUAUUGCGAGUGUCCAAACUAUGACUCUAUCAUAUCCACAAUACUGAAGGAAGGGAUAGAGGAUUUACCAAAACACUGCAAGCUUACACCAGGUGUUCCACUAAAACCAAUGUUGGCUCACCCCACUAAAGGUGUCAGCGAAGUGUUAAAGAGAUUCGAGAAUGCAGAAUUCACUUGUGAAUACAAAUAUGAUGGAGAACGUGCACAGAUUCAUAUAUUAGAAAAUGGUACUGUGAAUAUCUACAGUAGAAAUUCUGAGAAUAACACUAGCAAGUACCCAGAUAUUAUAGCCAGGAUCCCAAAUGUUAUGAAGGAAUCUGUCAAAUCCUGUGUAAUAGACUCCGAGGCAGUUGCAUGGGACGCAGAAAAGAAACAAAUACAGCCUUUCCAGGUCCUUAGUCACAGGAAACGUAAGGAUGCUGAUGCUUCAGAAAUAAAGAUCCAAGUGUGUGUUUAUGCAUUUGACCUGCUUUACCUCAAUGGUGAAUCGCUUGUGAAGCAGCCCUUUAAGCGACGGCGGGAACUGUUACGCGAGUCAUUUGAAGAGGUGGAGGGGGAGUUUGUGUUUGCUAAGUCUAUGAUAUCUUCUGAUACGGAAGAAAUUGCUGUCUUUCUGGACGAAUCUGUUAAAGGAAAUUGUGAAGGACUUAUGGUGAAAACAUUGGAUGUAGAUGCAACAUAUGAAAUUGCAAAGAGGUCUCACAAUUGGUUGAAGCUGAAGAAGGACUACUUAGAAGGGGUUGGUGACACCCUAGACCUGGUUGUCAUUGGAGGCUACUUAGGGACAGGCAAGAGGACUGGGAAGUAUGGAGGCUUCUUGUUGGCAUGUUACGAACCAGACAGUGAAGAAUUCCAGUCCAUUUGCAAGAUUGGUACAGGAUUCAAAGAUGAUGAUCUGGAACAGCAUGCCACAUUCUUCAAGGAAAAUGUGAUUGACAAACCAAAGCAGUACUAUUGUUGGGACAGCAUCCAUGAGCCUGACCACUGGUUUGAGCCUGUUCAGGUGUGGGAGGUGAAAUGUGCUGACCUCUCCAUAUCACCCACUCAUAGGGCAGCUUCAGGAAUUGUUGAUCCAGAGAAAGGUAUUUCUCUACGGUUUCCACGCUUCCUUAGAAUCCGAGAUGAUAAGAAACCAGAAGAUGCAACCUCUGCUACGCAGGUGGCAGAUAUGUACAAAAACCAGGACCAGAUUCAGAACCAACAGGCAUCUUCAGAGCCUAGCAAAGAGGGAGAUGAGGAAGAGUUCUAUUGAAGG